CACUCAGUAGCCGCACGCAUACAUUAGCCUCGUAGGCCACUACAAGAUAGAAUCCAGAUAUUACCCCCGAUUCCGAUCCGAUAGUUUGCCCGACACCCGACUCCCUGAGUUGCAUUACCUUAGCCUGACGCCACGCCGUCGCUGCGUCCGAUUAAGCCCGCGCGUUACGGACGAGAUAUGGAAGCGUGAGAAACAUAUAACCACUGCGCCCACGACCUGCCUAAUACCUCAGUCAACCAAAUCGCGCAACAAACACAUCUGCGCCGCCAACAUGUCGGGCACCGCCGAUCACCUCUGUGUCCUCGUCCAUGGGCUGUGGGGAAAUCCAGAGCACCUCAAAUACCUGAGCACCACUCUCCGUGAGAGGUUCCCCGAAGACAAAGUCCACAUUCUCGUCGCCAAGCGCAAUGCCGGCAGCUUCACAUACGACGGCAUAGACACGGGUGGCGAGCGCGUCGCCGACGAGGUGGAACAGAAGUUGGAGGAGCUAGCGAGGAGCGGACAUGAUAUCAAGAAGAUCAGCGUAAUCGGGUAUUCACUGGGAGGGCUUAUAGCACGCUAUGCGAUUGGCCUGCUAUAUCAUAAAGGCGUCUUCGAGAGGAUACAGCCAGUGAACUUCACAACCUUCGCUACACCCCAUCUUGGUGUACGGACGCCUCUCAAGGGAUACCACAGCCAGAUAUGGAACGUUCUCGGCGCUCGAACACUGUCUAUGAGCGGUAGACAGCUCUUCGGGAUUGACAAGCUCAGGGACACCGGCCGCUCGCUCCUCUCCGUUCUUGCAGAUCCCGAAAGCAUAUUCAUUCAAGCACUAGCCCGAUUCCAGCAUCGAAGUCUGUAUGCAAACGUCGUAAACGACCGGACUGUGACUUAUUAUACAGCUGGCAUCUCUCAGACGGACCCCUUCGUGAAGCCAGACGGCAUUAAGAUCAACUAUAUACCUGGAUACGAUGAGGUGAUAAUCGAUGGAGAGGACCCAGUGGCGCCAAAGGAGCCGGAAGAUCUGCCAGCUUUCACACAGCGCUUCACCACGGGCACACGUACAAUCCUAGGACGGGUGCCAAUCGUCGCGUUCCUUGCUGUAUUCAUUCCUAUUGGCUCAACACUCUUUCUGAUGAACUCUCUAGUUCAGUCUUUCCGGAGUCAACAGCGUAUACGCCUACACGAAGAAGGCAGAGCCGGUGCGGACUUUGGCCGAUACAGGAUACCGCUCAUGAUCAAUGCCGUUCGACAGGAAGCAGAAGACAUGUUUGAGAACGUCAACAAUGCCCAAGGCCAGGACUACCUUAGCGCUGGUAGUGAAGAGGUGGCGUCACCAACCCAACCAACGUCGCCCGGACUGAGACGUAAGCGCUCUACACGCUCAGACGUUGACUCUAUCCAGGAGCAAAAGUCGGGGUUGGCUAUCGAGUUCCCCACUUUGGCCUUGACGCAAGACCAGUUUGGCAUGAUCGAAGCACUAGACAACGUUGGCUUCAAGAAGCAUCCUGUCUAUAUACACAACCACCGACAUUCGCACGCUGCGAUUAUUGUUCGCAUGGACAAGAAGUCGUUCGACGAGGGAAGGGUCGUGGUCAAGCAUUGGCUGGACAACUUCGUAUUCUGAUCGUGAGCUAGCAUCUUUGUCCUUCUAUCAGCCUCGGUCGGUUACUGGAAUUUAUAGCGUGGCGUACGGUGCAUUCUGGGCAUGGACUUUAGAGGAGCAUACCCAAGGUUGUCUUUUCAGUGAUUGGGGUACCCUGCGGAUCAUUUACUUUUGUGGAUUUUUUUUCAUUUGAUGGAUUUGUACACAUACCCCUUGAAUAACAGCAUAUCCCCAAACUAUACACUUGAUACCAA